AUGACCUAUCCCCUCCCAGACACCCAGGGUAUCAUCGACGACGAUGACUGGCUCGAACCCCCCACUCAAGGGGGCGCCAAAGACCCGCUUGUGGAUAAAGAGUACACUCGAAUCUCUACCGUCUACUCUGACGCGGGAUAUAGAGAAGGUAUCACUGACGGUAAACUUGUCACCCUUCAAGAAGGCUUCGACCAAGCGUUCGCCCAAGCCGUCCCACUCUCUCGCGGUGUAGGCUCACUCCGCGGCCGAGCCGCCGCCCUCCUCGCAUUCGCCACCUCUCUAUCCCCUUCCGCCCCUGAGAACCUAGUGGAAGAUCUUCGAGUGCUCAUCCGCGACCUCUCGUCCGUCCGAAGAGACGCCGUACUGCCCGAAGAUGAAGAGCGAAAGCAGCACGAGGAAGAGGAGCAUGGAGAGGGACAGGAAGCGUUCGAGUUGGAUGUGAAUGAUCAGAGGGAUAUGGAGGGGUUGGAGAAGAGUUUGGAGAUGAUGGGUGGGGGAGGGGGAGUUAGGAAGGAUGAGAAGGUUGGGGAGGAGGGUGUGGAGAGGCUUGAGGCGAGGUUGAGAGAGUUGGAAGGGAGGUUUAGGGGUUGA